GAUGCAAAAGUUUGGCUGGGACUGUGAGUUUGAAUGUGGACCCGGUCAGCCUCUGGACAAGUGUGCUGGAAGUCAGAUCUGUCUACCUGAUCCUUAUGGAUGCUCCUGUUUAGCUGGAUAUACAGGAAUAUACUGCAAUGAAACAUGUGGAGACGGUAUGUUUGGAGCUGAUUGUCUUCAAAAAUGUAAUUGUACUGAUGGAGCAGAUUGUGAUGACGUCACUGGACAAUGUACAAUAGAUUGCUCGCAAGGAUGGUCUGGCUCAGCAUGUCAAGUUCCACCACCAUUCUCUUCAACUACUGUCUCUUCUCCACCAGAAUCAGAUUCAACUGGAGGUACUUCGUCAAGUUCCAUAGCAACUGUCGUAGGAAGCGCUGUUGGUGCUAUUGUUGUGAUUGUUAUCGUUAUAAUUCUCAUCAUCUUCCUUUACAAGCGAAGAAGCGAUGAAUCAGCCACUACUAAGUCUAAAGGGAAGGAGUCUGAUACGUCUCCUCAGUAUGAGAACCCGGUAUUUGAUCAGUCAAAGACAGAUGUCCAUACCUACCAAGACAUUAAUACUGACACCAAUACCUACCAAGACAUUAAUACUGCUGAUCAGAGCUACGAGGAUCUCUCCGACCCUCAUACCUACCAAGAUCUUAAGAAACCUGAUCAGGAGGCUAACUACGAAGAAUUAAAUGACGCCAGGAACAGAGAUUAUGUCAACGUACCAGGCAUUUAAACUAUCAAUAUAUCAGAGGUGUCGUGGUUGAGUGGAUACGUCUGUUGAGGUCUUAAAGUGUAACAUGGUCUUAAAGUGUAACACGACCCCCUAGCUCCUGAAAAAAGAGUCGCUGCGUUGCGCAUGCGUACGUGGAGCUAGCAGACGGACACAUACUUUGAAAACAAGCUACGGUAGCUACCUAGCAGCUAGAUGCAGAUCAUACAGCUGCAUUACUAUCCUGACUAGUGUAUUAAAACCUGUUCUAUUCAUUCUCAACAUUUCAAACACCAGGUAUCAACGAUUUCAACAAAUUCGACAUUUUGAAGGUAGAGACUGAUAGUAGACUCUAGGCCUAAAGGGAGAUAUCAAGUAGAUCUAGACCCUAUCAUGAAUCGACUUCGCUUACUAGUAUUGCUAGUAUUGGUAGUAUUGGUGAAUGAGUGUCGCUGCCAAGGUGGCGAGCGCGGCAACGAUGGUGAAGAACAGCCAGCGCCACGGGGUCUUUUGACAAUUCUUUUUUUUUGCUAUGGCAGACAGCCAGUGAAAAUAAAUUCGUUAACUCCGUUUCGUUGACACUCACCAGAGAUUUUUA